AUGGAGCCCAGGAUGGGCAAGACAGCUCUUCACUUCACUGCAGAAAAUGGGCGCAAGCUCAUGGUGGCCCUCCUGCUCAAGAAAGUGGAUGUCUCACCAUUGUGCACAUUGGUGGAGCACAGCACCAAGGUCUUGUUCUCCACAGCUGAAGCCCAGAUGAAGAAGACCCCCGUUUUGCCACUGUUCCUAGCCACUACCUGCCAGUCCAAGAAUAUGAUGGGUCUCAACAUCAACACUAUCAACAAAAAAGGUUAA